AUGAAGUGGUUUGUGAUAGUUGGUAUACUUUCAAUGGCUUUUGCCAAACACGAGAAGUAUAUAGGAUGGAAAUCCUACUACAUCGGAGUGUCCACCGGCGACCAGUCCAAGGCCUUAGGCCCUAUGAUGCAGAAGUAUGAGCUGGACUUCUUGAGUCACCCAGCUGAAGGUCGCGAGGGUGUGGUGCUGGUGAAGCCACAGCAUCAGGCUGCCUUUGUCAAGGAGUUGGAAGCUGAAGGCAUUGGGUAUAGGAUCCACGCUGAUGAUGUGAAGGAGAAACUGGACUACGAUGACCAGCUCAUAGAAGCACAGAAAAGGUCCACUACGUCGAGGCAUGGCAGCCGGAUGCCUUACGAUAACUAUCAGGAACUUCAAGUGAUAGAAGAUUACCUCGACUACAUAGCAGAAACAUACCCAGAUGUAGCAAAAGUAGUUACCGGAGGACAUUCUUUUAACAAUCACCCAAUAAAAUACAUCAAGAUUUCCACAACGAACUUCGAAGAUGAGACCAAACCAGUGAUUGUUAUAGACGGAACUAUUCACGCUAGGGAGUGGAUCACACCGCCUACCGUCACCUGGGCCAUACAUAAGCUGGUGGAAAAUGUCACUGAACCUGAUCUGCUGGAGAGGUUCGACUGGAUCCUCGUGCCUGUCGUCAACCCUGAUGGAUAUAAAUAUACUUUUGAUAAGGAUCGCUUCUGGCGCAAAACCCGCUCAUUCGACACUCACCCGCUCAGCCUCAUCUGCCGAGGAGUAGACGCGAACAGGAACUUUGAUUUCGUAUUCAACACAGUCGGAACUGACUGGAGUCCAUGCGGAGAGACCUACCCAGGAAGACAUGGCUUCUCUGAACCAGAAACCAGAGUCAUCAGGGACAUUUUACACGAACACUUGGCUAGGGUAGCUUUGUACAUCAAUCUGCAUAGCUUUGGAAGUAUGAUCAUGUACCCAUGGGGCCAUGAUGGAUCUUUAUCUCAUAAUGCCCUUGGCCUUCACACUGUUGGGAUAGCCAUGGCUACUGCUAUCGAGAGCAAAGCUCUUCCAUACUUCCCAAGAUAUAUAGUUGGCAAUACUGGUCUGAUUAUGUCUUUCUCCGCUGGAGCAGCGUCAGAUUAUGCUCAUUCUAUUGGGGUGCCUUUAUCGUACGCAUAUGAGUUACCGGCUCUGGCUGAGGGUUAUGAAGGGUUUCAUUUGGAGCCUAAGUACAUUGAACAGGUUUGCCGAGAGACGUGGGAGGGUUUUGUCGUUGGUGCACGACGAGCUGGUGAUUUGUUCCCGAAUAAAAAAUGA